AUGUCUGUCAACAGUGUAGCGGCGCCUAGAGCUUAUGCUCAGUGGGCAGCGCUCAAAAUCGGCAAUGAUUUCAAAUCAGACGAUAACGCAAUCGAAAUCAGAAAUGUGACAAUGGGCAAGAUCUAUAAGGACGGCAACAAAGACAAGGAGAUUCCACCAAGCCAAGUCAAUGGCAAGAAGAUACCACCUCAAACUACACAUUCUUUUGAGACUUGUGGCCGCUCAGAUGCGGCUUCGGGUACCGAAGGAACACUUGAGCUUUGGGAUGGAAGCCAACGCAUCUGUAAGCUCUAUUGGGAUUGCCCAUGGGGUAGCAAGGUCAACAAAUUCGAGGUUCAGGAGAAGGUCAAGGCGUACCGAGUGGAAGUUGGAUCUUGGAAUUCUUACGGCGGUGCGUUGGGAAAUGUGGACGUUGAAAUCUCCAGGAAGUAA